UGGACAUUUGUGACAAGGCUUAUGGCCUGGGUUUCUCCUCAUCUCGAUCUAGAAUAAGCAGUCUGGAGAGGCAGGCAAUAACGAACCACCCCUUCCAUAUCGUAGCACCUUCCUUUACUUUUCGCUCAACGAUGGAGAAAGCUCUCGAUGAACGACUGCAGGAAUUUCGUUCCAAGGCCCAAAGAGAAGGAGAAAAAAUCGCGUUGCGUCAUCUCCCCGCGAAGAGAAUUAGAUGAUCUGGUCACAUCCCUGAACAAGCUCGGCCAUGCGCACGAUAUCCCCAGUACGAGCAAUAUCUCGCGUGAGACGAAUGAAGAUGCUGCCCAGUCUAAGAAGCGGAAGUUGGAGCAUGGCGAGGCGAUAUCUCUUUCCUCGACAAGCAAAGUCCUUCUUCAACACUCUGGAUACGAAAACAUGCAAGUGAUGCGACUUGAAGCUAUCUUGAGGCAGGAAUGCCAACAACUGCUCAUGUGGACAGAUGUCCUCAAAAUCUGGAUACACUCGUUGAAGCCCAAGUGGGUGUUUCCUAUAGGUUGUGAGGGCAAGUUCCCCUCGUCGCAUUGGCCACGCGCACAAGCAGGAAUCGAAGAUGAACUGACGAAAGCGCAAGAGAGUGCGAUCAACAUGUGUGAUUUCGCCUACAACAACCAUCGAGAGCGUGGCAGAAUCUUCAUUGACAUCCUGGCGCAUCCCGAAGUCGCGGACUAUGCCCUUGCUUUGGAAGCUCACGACAGUCACCAACUCUUUCUUCUUCGUCAAUGCAUGGCCGACCUUCGCGGCAUAUAUCACGCCCUCACGGACUUAAUGCAAGAUCAUGUGUUGAAAGAGCCGCGUGGAGAUAACGGAUUCCACCUGCAUCAUUAAAUUGGAGCAUGUCGUACUUUUCAAGGGUCGCAGCACGACCAGCUUAUACAGAGAUCGUCUUGAAGACAUUGAAGCCGUCAGACGCAGUGGAGAGCAUCGUGCCCGGGAUUUGAGGGUGCCAAUGGAUCUCUUUGAUCUCUGAUUGUCCUUGGUGGCAGAACAAGAGUUGGGAGGGCAGAUCCAUCCCGUCUGCACUUUCGACACCACCCAUUUCGUCGUCGUCGGCUUCAAGCGCAAGAUCCCAAAGAGUGACCUGAUCAUCGGCACCGGAGGCUGCAAAAAUUGUGUCUUCAGUUGGGUGCCACUCUAUCGAUGUGAUUGGGGCCUUGUGCCAGGAGAAGGAGGCAACGGGGGUCGGGGUCUCGAUUGUCGUCCUGCAAAACAUAAGUUUUGUGAGCAAGAAGCUGAUCACAUUCACGUCGCUAUCAUGCGCGCCGUCAAUAGCGCUUAUGCUCUGGCGCGCCUUGCUGCGAAUAUCCCAAAGCAUGACACUCUGGUCGGCGGAGCAGGAGGCAAACACCGUCAUCUCCGUCGGACUCCACUGCAGAUCUUCGACGCUCGACGUGUGAGAUGUGAACGGUUGGGCAACCGUAUUGAAGCCAGAUGGGGACGACGUGGUCAGGAAAAUCUUGGAAUGGAUGUCUCCACUCAAAAGUCGCAAGGAGCUGCCAGUGGCCGCCCAGUCCAUCGCAAAUCCCUCGGCUUGGCCGUGCGCGUUGACGGUGUAGACGGGUGCUUGAGUGCGUUGCUUGUCGAUUCGGUAUCCCGGAACAUCGAGGGACUCGAUCAGAGGGCGCACGUUCCAGAUGUGCACUUUUCCGGUUUCUGCCCACGAUGCAACAUGAUAAGGCUCAGUCACUGGGGGCAAUUGGGUUGAUGCGGGAAGCGGCUGGGCACGGACUCGAUUCACCCCGCCGUGGUGAGGAAUAGACCGGAACUCGACGAUGGGAUCCUCGUCUAGGUUCUCGUCGUCGUCGUCUUCUUCUUCCGAGUCGGAAUCAUCUACAGAUCGGAUUUGUGGGCCAGCAGCACAAGGACGCGGAGUGGGAGGACGAACCAUCGCUUUUCUGAGUCCGAUGGAGAGAGCUUAGUUUGUAGACGACGAUUUCGUUGUUUUUGGCCGAAUCAGCUUGUGUGCCGGCAGCGAGAUAGGUUGUUGCGGGAUAGCGUUGCCGCUCAUCGCCUAGAUUAUCUCGGAGGACAUCGAAUGAGAGGCAGGGCCAAGUGACUUUCAUUGAAUGCCUCAUGACAUAGACUGAUUCAUCAGCCUCCAAGACUUCGUCGGGACCUAGUUUGUGUCUCCCAGGAAUAAACGCGUCUGCAGCUGGCGGUUGUUCAUCGGAGUCUUCGACGGCUGGAGUCACGUCCACAUCCAUACCUGGAAGGCGAUCGUGUAAGAUACACGGAGCAGCAGUCGAGGGGAAGUCGAUGCACACCGUCUUCAUCCUGAUCUUCAGCUCCGCCAUCAACUACCUCCUCAUCGCUCUCGAUUUCAUCCUCCCAUGCAUCUUCAAACUCGCCCAUUUCAUCCGGAUUGACAUCUUCGCGCUUCGAUCCACUCCCGGAAGCUUUAGAGAAUGGUUGGCCCGAUUCCGAUGUCAAGAGCUCUGUUGCAGACCGCUUGGACAUGAGUGAACAGUGCGCUUCGGCCAAAAAAUUGGAAAGCACGUGUUGUGGCUGCUGAUCGGGAUCACUUGUCACAGUCUCACCCUUGUGAUGGUCACAAUGCCAUCUUGCAUUUGCGAACUGACGUGCGGUCUUGUUUGUGGACGGCGUUCUUCUUGCACACAAGAUACGAGCAACAUGUCGAUGUAAAUGAGACUUGUGGGGACAUUGGCCUCCCUCCAUGUAGUAAUCUAGAUCGCUCGGUAAGCCGGGACCCUCCCGGAACUUCCUUUCCUCGACAAUUGAUCGUGACGGCUGUGACACACCAGCCCUCAGUCAAUGAAGUUGCUGAGACUCGGAGCCAUUCUCCCAAGUCACCCCACCCGACAUCUCUCUACUCAACUGCCAACAUGCCCAAGGCAAUGGCUGCUCCAGCUCGUCCCCUACCUACCUCGGCAUUUGAUUUUCAUCUUCCUGGCAGCUCCUCCUCCAGUUCCUCGGCCUCCCUAAACACUGCUACCUUCCUCGAUGACACCAGCACUGUCGUCCAGCGCUUCCGCCGGCCUAGCCUUCUAGCGCCCAAGAGCGCUCUUGCUGCUGACACGCGUAUGCAUAGCCCAUUGACAGCGUACAAAGUGCACACACGCCGCCUGAGCCAGAGCACGACGAACGUAGACGAUUGCGACCCGCUUUGGGGGGACCCUCUUCCCAGUCGUUCCGGAAACUCAACGCCACCACUUACGGCUGACACUGUCGACGACUCGCGGCGUUCCAUGCCACCCGCGACUCCCCCGCGUCGUUCCUUAUCUCGCAGUUCGGACAGGUCAGAAGCGCGCUUCAAGGCUCGACGACUCUCCUUCCCAGUAAAGCCACCUCGGAUUCUCAAUCUCCUCGCGGAGUCACGCCCAUUAGAGAAUGAGGUCCAGUCUGAAGCCGCUUUCCAGCGUCUAUUAGCUUCUGGCGUUGACCUGCCCCGAACACCGCGUACGAUUGCCGAUCGAGGUCGAUACCCCGAAGAAGCUGUCCAAGAGGAAUACCCACGAGACGACGACUCAAGUGAUUCGGAGGACGAUGAUGAAUCGACAUAUACCUCGUUUGCUUUGCCUAUCAGCGGUACUGAACCUAUCAACAUUCGAACUCCUGCCGGCAGCGUAAACGGCGAUGACAUGAGUGGUAUGUGCAUCUCGGAAAGUCCAGGCCAAGGCAGCAUGGAUGUGGAUGUCAUAGCCUUCAGGCUCGCCCUCAGUGUCUUCGCUGUCGUCCAUGUCUAUCAAUCAUUGGCGAUCGACGCCGCCUCCGACCAGCAGUGCCGUGCGGUCGAAUAA